CAGUUUGUAGAAUCAGAGGCUGGUUCUGUUCCUCCUCCUGUUGAUAACCGUCCUGGUUUAUCGGGUUGUUUGGGGACCGUGAAAGCAUGAAGCCAGCGGACAGACGGUCUGAAACAGUCUGAGAUGGAGAAAAGUUUCCCAGAAGAUGACUGCGUGGAUUCAGGAGCCGAGACUGGAGGGUCUGAUUACAGUCCUCUGUCCUCAGCGAGCAGUGAGCUAUCCAUGGGCGAGCUCCAGGAUCCUUUCCUCGUCAGCGUCCACCUCAUCGCCGACCCCGGUCAGGGCAGAACCCUGCAGCGUGCUGCCGACGCCGUGCUGAUGUGGGUUCACCCCGAGCUGCAGCUCUUCAGAGUCUCGGAGCGGGCCUCCACCUCCCAGCGCARGCCUCCGAAGCGGCAACAAAACGGCGGCCCGCCUGCGGCCCGCCAGCCGGCCGUGGCGGUCAUCCUCUUCCUCCAGGAGGUGUGCGGUGGGGAGGAGCACCUCCUGAUGCUGCACCGUGCUCUGCAGAGACCGCCCUGGUGUUACCAUCACAGUGAAAAGGUCAGCAACGGCCGCCGCGCGCUCCCGCCCACGCCCUGCAGCCAGGACUUCUUCACGCUGGCUCCUGGAACGCCGCUGUGGGCCGUGCGGCAGAUCCACUGCGGCAAGGAAAUCGUACGGUUUACAAUUUACUGCAGCUAUGAAAACUACGUGGACAUGGUGCGGCUGUACAAGCUGCUGCUGCAGCGACGUGUGGCGCAGAAGAAGGAGGACUUCUGCUUCUUUGUGGUUUACUCGAACCCGGACAUGGAGAUCCAGCUGUCGUUUAAGAGGCUCCCACGGGGCCAGAGUCCCGUCGUGUUGGAGUCAGCCGUGAUGGAGGUGAGAGUCUGGGAUGUUGGAGUGCUGGUUCCCCUCCUGCCGCUCCCCUGCAGUCCAAUCAGUGAGGUUCGCUGGCAGACAGAGGACUACGAUGGAAACAAGAUCCUGUUACAG